UGGCAUUCUAUGUCGUCUUGCUCUAAGCACAUUGAGACUGUUGCUUCUUGCACACUUCACGCCCGGUCGUGGUCUCUAUUACCCUUCCUGGGACUUCAUUUGUGAACUCCCUGCUUGUUAAACACCCCGCCAACCUUAGGAGGGGCAUGCUAUUCUCUCAAUAGCAAACACGAUCAGUUGGUCUUGGAAUAAUAGAAACGAGCAAUGACUUCCUACAUAUCCGCAAGCGAAGCAUACGAACGCGAAAGGUCUCCCACCAAUUGGGUGCCUUCAUCCUCAGCUUCACAGCCCCAAUCUUCAUGGUCAGACAAAUACCGCGGAGCGACAGUAGAAGAUCUCGACCCUCCACCCGCCCUCUCCACCUCACCUCACGACUCUAUCUCCUCCGCCCUCCUUGCCGCAUACGAACGCGACUAUACUCACCUCACUGUAAUCUCCUCCACGUCCCGCUCUCUCCUUGGCUACCUCAGCAUCCCGCGGUUAAAAUCCUUACUUAAAGAUGGCACCGUCACCGAAUCCGAUCCCGUAGAGAAAGCCAUGCAGAGAUUCAGAAGGAAAGGGCAUGUUUACAAGGUUAUCACGAUGGACACGCCGUUAGAGGAAUUGGAGAGAUUUUUUGAAGGAGACAUGGGUGGUGGAGAGAAGAGAGAAAAGCAGGACUUUGCCGUGGUGACGGAUGCGAGCAGGAAAUUCGUGCUUGGGGUUGCAACGAAGGAAGACCUAGAGCAGUUCGUUAAGAGGAGACCGGCUUGAAUUUGAUAACGGGCUUCCGGGCCUAUACUUCAUGGAUUCGUUUGGGAACCGCCGGUCGGCGGAUGAUGAUAGAUUCUCUCAAUUUCGGGUGAACGAAAAGUGCAUCCGUGAAACCUAUCGGGAAGAUUGCUCCGUUUAUACCUGCUUGCCAGAAUCUCCCAAUCCCGAGUCACGGCUCAGUAUCGAGGGUGCAACGACAUUCCGAAUGUAGGUUGUAUUAAAUG